AUGUUUCUGUUGGUGUUCUUGCUGUUUGUAACGGCAGCGGUUCCAGUUGAUAGACCGGAAAUACUUGAAGGUUACGAGGAUCAUCGCUUUACAGAAUCUAGUAGGAAUGAUGGAGAAACGAUGGAUGAAAUUUCCUUCUUCGAUCAAAGAUCCGUUGGAAGUUACCUGACAAGAUCUUGGGAUGGAUCAAUCAUGGUUGCACCCGGACUUGAAAAAUCACCAGUGCGUAAUGAACUUUACGAAAACGGGAAAGAAGAGUUCAGUGAUGUGAAUAUGAAUAUUGAUGUGCGAUCUUCAAGGAGAAUAGACCAAACAGAGACUCCAUCCACUUUGAUCUCAUCUGACCAUAAGCAGAGGGUGAAAAGAAACGCACACGUAGUGCUUGGAAGGAAUGUCAUCAUGCCCAAGGAGGUAGAGAUGGAUGUGACAACUACUCCUAAAAAAGGUAAUACACCCUUACCCUUAGAACUCUUUCAUGAAGUGAGUGCUACGUCCACAGACAUAGAGGAUACGUUAUAUGGCUCUGAGCAUACUAAGCUGAAGGAGACUCAAAACCUUGAAUUUGAUCCUUGGGUAUUUGAAGAGGAAAUUGGAAUAGAUCCUAUUAACUGUUUCACACGUCUGUCCUUUUCUAAAGCGGCCAUUCAGGAAUAUACUGUCCAAACAAGCGACGACACACGGCUCUCAAACAUAGAUAUAAGCAUCAUGAAUGUGAACUACUCUAAACCAACUGACAGUACAGAUUCUGUUGUUGAGUUUCAUGUAGAGAGACAGUUUAUGGAGGUUGAUGACGAGGAAGUCAGCGACUCUGAGGAUUCCAAUUUCCUUGCCAGAGAAGUAGAGUAUGCUCCUGCAAUGUUAGCUCCUCCUUCAGUUGACUGCCACUUCCUAAUGCCUUACAACAGACAGUGGAUCAAACUUGUUUCAGCAUGUCCACAAUCCUGGCAUAAUAGAACUAUAGAACGUCUGUGUGUGCCUAAGUAUGAAACCGAGGACGAUAAUACCAUAGACAUGUUAAACCUUCCAGUUCAAGACCAGCAUGGUGUAGUCUACAGAAACAUAUUCUGCGCCAAGUGCAAUCAGGCACUGAACACCCAGGCUUGGGAUGUGGUUGUUCUAUGUAAUGGAGUGUCAUCGUUUUUCUUCAUCGAUGGCAAUGUUCUGAUGACACUUAUGCCCACCCUGGCAGCUGCAAGACACUGUAGACAGACACUUUGGCCACAACAACCAGAGAAGGUGGAAACAUGUUUAACGACAAGAGGUCAAACUCGGAAGCGGAGAGCUAACCAAAGGAAUAGAAAGAGUGAUGAAACGGUUACCUACCCAGUGUCAUUUUCGGUUCUUAUGAAUUUUGGGUUUGAUGGUAAGACUCAUAUUUUGUUUAGCACAACUCAUGAAGAAAUGAGCACUGGUAACAUGAAUAGAUGUCCUGAACCAAACCAAGUCUACGAUUCUAGGAACAGUCAGUGUCGAGAAGUGGUAUGUCCGGCUUACUACACGCUUGUGGAUGAUAAGUGUCUCAGGGACGUGAAUGCAGGACCUGCGUCAGUAGAUGGGAGUUUGCCCAAUGUUCAGACUCUCACUCAUCUCCCUGAUGUUGCUGUGAUUACCCUGAUGGUAAACGUCACAUACAGCAACCUUCUGGCAUUGCUUUCUCCUGACUUCAAAUCCAUAAUGGUAGAAGGUAUGGCUGCCUUACUAAAUAUCAGUACAGAAAGAAUUCAGAAUUUAACAAUGGACAUGGCAAACACAUCCAUCUCCGAACCCGAGGUUGCUGUUCAGACUCUUGAUGAGAAACCUGUCCUUGAGCCUAAGGAGACAGAAACAAGCAGAAAGCCGCUUUUUGAUGACCCUUCUUCCGGGGAAGCUAAUGAAACAUCAAAAAAAAUGCUGGGUACUUCUCCACCAAGUACUGGUUUACCAGAUAUUGUUAAUGCCAAGACGGGCCCUGAUCCAGACUUGCCUGAACCGAUUGCCGAUGCUGGUGCUGCUGAUGCUGAUGCAGGUGCUGAUGCUGAUGAUAAUAACGAUGACGACAGACAAGUGAAAAAAGAAAAAUUAAAAGUAGAAUCUGGAGGAAAAGAAGCAAAGACGGAACCAUCACUCCACGCCAAGAGACACACAACUCCUACUACACAACCAAAAGAUGGGUUUGACAUUGAGAAGACUAUAACUCUAAAAAUCAAAUUCCUGCUUCUUCCACCAAGAUCCUCAAGACUACAAGAGGGGACAGUGUCAAGUGUAAAAGAGAAAAUGAACAGUCUUUUUAAUCAAAAUAAAUUUAUGCUUUCCCUUAAUGGAACUGAAGUGACUGUUGUAAAUAUGGUUCAUUCGGAUCACCCUAAACUGAAGAGUACAUUCUGCAGCAGGGGCCAAAUGCAGUUUUUCUUUGCAGAUCAGGUUGAUAUCAUCAAUGCUGUGGACCGAUCGGGCAAUAACACAAUCACUCACGUCUUUGUCAAAUCUACCAACAGUAUAUACGGUCCUGGAAAGUUUGAUCUGACUCUAUGGGUGGCAGGCAACGUUGGAUCUGAUGCUAACCUCACAGACGCUAUGGGUUAUGCAUUUGUAUGCGUCAUGCCAAGGAUAUCAAACAGAGGGUGUGGCAGGUUUAAGAUUUCAGCGGACAAAUAUAUUCUAUUGCGUAACAAGUCAAUUAUACUCGGAGAAAGAUUGUACAAUAUGACCGAGUAUGAAUAUCUUGAUGAGUCAAGUGGAAUCAUUGAGACGUGUGUGCCAAAGUCAAUACUACAAUCACAGUCAAAGAACGACUCUUAUCAUUUUGUCCAAGGCUGUGACAUGGGUUUUGAAAGAUUCAUCAAAGCGGAAGCCUACAUGACCGCAGUGUUGGGAAGGAUCUCUAUCGUAGCUUUGGCUAUAGUCCUAUUGACUUAUGGUCUGUUUCCGAAGCUCCGGAAUCUACCAGGCGUUAAUACCAUGAACCUCACUCUUGCGCUGCUGAUAGCCGAGAGUAUAUUCAUUAUUGGGGAGGGAAGAGCAGCGUUGCCGCUGGUGUGCAGUGUUGUUGCCAUUCUCCUCCAUUAUUUCUUCCUCGCCUCAUUCUUCUGGAUGAACGUGAUGUCCUAUGAUCUGUUCCGUACAUUUGCUAACAAAAUCUACGUUCUUCCACAAAUACGAGAAAAGAGGAAAUAUCUGGGUAAAUAUGUUCUGUAUUCGUGGGGUUCUCCGGCAAUUAUUGUUACUAUCUGUGUAAUUUUACACUUCACUAAAAUCAUACCUGGUGUCGAAAUUGGAUAUGGAGGUCAUGUGUACGAACCCGAACCAGAAGACGUUAGCGUAAACAUGACUUCAGAAGAUUCGAACUCAACAGAGGAGGAUGUACAGAACGUUGAGUCCCUUGGAUGCUGGAUACAGAAUCCAAUAGCCUCCCUGACUGCAUUUGGGGCCCCGAUUGUAAUAAUAUUUCUGAUAAAUAGUUGCCUGUUCGUGAAGACGAUUCUUUGUAUCAGAAAAACUGCCAAAUUUACCAAUGACCACACAAGAAGAUCCUCGGUGAACCGACGUAAUGGCCGCAAUGACGUCAUGUUGUAUGUGCGCAUGUCUACUGUCAUGGGGUUCACAUGGAUCUUUGGACUGGCUUCCUCUAUUGUCAGCGCUUUCUUCACUCCUCCCACAGUCGUUGUUUGUUACACGGAGCACAUCCUGGGUCUCCUAUUCGUAACUUUCAACUGCUCCCAAGGUCUCUUUAUUUUCUUUGCCUUUGUCACCAAGCGACGUGUAUUCUAUCUGUAUAAGGGACUCUGGAUCCGACUUAAGCAUAGGAUCAAGUUAUGGGAAAAUAUUAGGCGGAAAAGAAGCACUUCAGGGUCCAACUCCUCAUCAUCGACCACAUCAUCUACAACAACUGUUUCAACUAUCAGCUAGAUGCACGUACAGUUUCAUGACUGUUGAAUGACGAAGUGGAUCUCCAACAAGGAGUACGUAAGUUAGUGACUUCACCACGUCUUGCCUUGAUGAAUGAUUAGACAAUGCGAAAUGUGACUUAUGUGACCAUAUGUUCAUGUUGAAUGAAUAGGACACAUUUGAGGACCUGGGACAUGAUAUGUGGUAUCUGACGACAGGGAAAGAAUGAGUCUUCAGAGGAUUCAAAUUCGCUGAGGAUAUCACCUCGAAAACGACGCUCCAUAGAAUGAGAAGAAGGAGAAGAAGAAGACAUAGUAAAUGUCAACCUGUGAAACAUUUCUAUCAUUCUUGCCAGAACUGCUACUAUUGAAUAUGUGGCAAGAAAACUUUAUAUGCUCUGUGCAUGCACUACAAUACUGAAGAAUGGCAUUGAUAUAUACAGUCCAUGUUGGUCGACCAGCGAUGUUGUACUCCCCUACUAUGACCAAUACAAGACUAUUGGAUAACAGAGACUGAUUAGCACUUUGUACACUUCCUGUGUAAUGACAUACAUCUGGUUGAAGAUGGCGAACUUUUCUGGUAUGAAUAUACACUUAUAUUACCUAACAGUUAAUACAUGAAUGUGCGUAAUACAUAAAUCCCUUCAGAAAUAUUGCUGGGCUCACGUUAGC